GCCGAUUUCACAGAGCACCAAUUUCUUCGAAUUUUCGCGACGAGAUUUUCGAUUAGAAUAAUUUGCCAAUUAAUUUUCCAAAGUUUCGCGAGUGAUAUCCCUCUGAGGAUUUUUUAUUGAUCGCAAACAGAUCAAAUUCGAAUAAAAUCGAAUGAAUACUCCGCCAACAAUGAGCACAGCUCCAUUGCCAAUGGCACCUGUAAAAUCGAACAGAAAACAAGUCAACAAACUGGACGUGAAACCAAAAAAAUUACUCUAUAACGACCAGGAAUUCGAAAUGCUCUCCAAAGAAGAAACAAGCGUAAUUUAUUCUGUGGAGUCCCUCGAAAUCCAAGAAAAGAUUCGAACCCCAGUAAAAUCUAAAAGAAAAGAAUCACCUGAUUUAAAAUCUCUCGGUAAACAUGUUGAGCAAAAUGAGCUUGAUAACGAGCUCGAGCAAGUUCAAAACGAAGAAAUUAAGGUCGAACAUCCAUACAACUUGAGACGUAGGAAUAAAAUUCCUAUUUGGCAACUUAAGCAAGUGGUGCCAAGAAAGAAAAUUAUUAUGAAAAAGGAGUUGGAAGAGGAGAAAGAAAACAUUCAAGUCGAGAUUGCAAGCACGAGUGGUAAAGAAAUAUUUUCCCAUCAAUCCUCAAGAUCCGAUCCCAAUAUCCCAAAUUCCCUGAGCCGAAAGGAUUCCAGUUCCAGAGGAAGCUUCACUCAUUUAAGAAUUUAAAAGCGAUCCAUUCACUUAUCCAUCCUUUGUUCCUUCAAACCAAUCCUAUAACCACUGUAAACAGU